AUGGCGUAUCAGUUCAGCAGGAAGGGUUGUUUCAAGUGCGGAAACUUGGGUCACAUCGCGGAGAAUUGUACGUCGGAGCAGCGUCUCUGCUAUAAUUGCCGCCAGCCCGGGCAUGAAUCUUCUGCAUGCCCCCAGCCUCGCACCGUGGCUGCCAAACAGUGCUACUCGUGCGGUGGUGUAGGCCAUAUCCAGGCAGAAUGCCCGAGCUUGAGGGUGCAGGGCUCUAAUCAGAAGUGCUACAACUGUGGUCGAUUCGGCCACAUCGCACGAGUUUGCCCAGGUGGAGGUGCCGCCGGGUUUGCCACUCGUGCCCCGCCUCCUGGACGAGCCCUGAACACCGCGACCCUUCCCCCUGUGAAAUGUUAUCGCUGCGGAGGUCCUAACCAUAUGGCUAGGUAA